AUGUCUUUCCCCUUGUGUCUACCCUGGCCUCAAAAAGCCUACUGGAGCGAGUUUGACCUCAGCGGGCUCAAGAUAAAACCUAGAGACCGUGCCCUACACGAUUCAAGUUCCACCGCCGAUAUUCCCCCGUACUUCUGGGGCAAGGGUCUCCGGGGCCGUGGGCUCGGGAGAUUCCUUACCCGAAGAACAGCCAAGCCCAAGCAAACUGGGUACACUGAAGCUAGAAGUCUGAUCGGACGCGGUACUGUUGAUGAUCUUCAGAGACUGUCGUAUCAUGCAAGCACUUUCGUUAUCGAAGUAUUUGAAGAUAUCGAAGAUGCUUCGGGUGCUUCGUCAACUGAAUCCUUGUCGUCGCCUGGUUCAGGGCCUAGAGUAACUCAGCUGAGACUCUCCCCUGAGCUAGAGGCAUGGAAAUCCUCCCAGCAUGCGAUCGGCAAUGUCUUACCGCCCAAGGGCGCUGGGUUGAGCCCUGUUUCCCAAGAGAUCCUUCACGUCCUUGGCGCAGAGGAUUGGCCUGAAGCUCUCAAGACGACGAACGCCCUGUUUGGAUGCGGUAUCGCUAGUCUUCUCAUGGGCGCUGCUGAUUCAAGUACCAUGUUCUCCAACUAUGUCACCGACAUGGCUUUCUAUUACGAACACGGAUACAACUAUGUCUUCCCCAACCUUGAGCCGCUGUUGGAGAAGGGUAUAAAUGAUCCUCAUGCGCUACGAACCCCUGGCGGUCGGGAGCGUCGCGAUGCGGUGGCUAUCGGCAAGCGAUACAUCCAGGGCAAGAUCGCCCUUGAGAAGAAGCACAAGGGUCAUCUGUUGAACCGAUCUGCGCGACUUGAUCGACGAACUGCUCAGAUCGUUUCGCUGUCUGAGAGUAGUCUUCUUGGCAUGGCGGCUGAGGCUACAGCACGAGGCUUUGACCCUGGCGCUGUCAUGGCCGAUCUUGUCUUUAGUUCACCAGGCACCGAUGUCGUUGACGUCGGAUGCGACCUUGUUAAUUCCGAGGUCAUGAACUCGUUCCUGAAUGUCACUGAUAUCACGGACACUGGCAUUGUUAGCGAGGAUGUUUUGAGAAGGGUUUAUGAUGCCUAUGCUGUGAUGGGCGCAAGGAUGCUCACUCAGCGAUGGCAUGAGCCUGUUGCGAGGAUGUGUGCUGCGCUGUAUACAUGGCAUAUCCAGAACGAUCGUCACAUGUUCUUCCGUCGAGCUUUGCUGGGAUGGUCGAAGGCGAGGAAGACACCUGCUCAGCCACAGAGUGAGGGUGACUUUGAUGAGGUUUUCGACAAGCAAUUCCGUCUGACUGGAUUCUCCCGACCUCUCGUUGCCAAGUACGCAUGCAACGGUGAAGAGACCUGCAACCACGUCCACGACCAUCUUGCACGCCAUGAAGAAGAGCCUCUCCUCAAAGAACUCUGGUGGUAUCUCGUCACAGGCCCUCUGGAGUACGUGCGGGGUGGCAAGGUCGACGAGGCUCGCGAAUUGGAGUUAGCCGAAGGGUCGAGGUUACGAAUGGCCAAGCUUUUCGCUAAGGGUCGGGUAUUGGAGAUGGUUUGGUUAAUUGCCCAUGCGAACCAUCACGCUUGGCAGGUCAACUAUUUGUUCGAGGCUGCCAUGUUUGGUAGUAUUCUUGAUGGUGGGAAAUUGAUUGGAAAGCUGGAUAGAAAGGAUCAAUGA